AUGGCACCUGGUGGAGAGUUCAGAGCCGCCGCCAAAGAGGCGAUGAAGCAGCCUCACUGUCACGUUGUUCUAGGAGACCGUCCUGUAAACAUUACACUUUAUAGAGCUUUGGAGGCGUUGGGUCCGUGGACUAAGCUCAAGUUUUUUGUUGCUCUUCUAUUCAGUUUCCAACCCAUUACGAAAGAACAAAUUGAGGAGAUGAAAAAAACAGAUUUUCUGGAAAAACUGUUAGUUUCUAUGGCUGGUGAACACCCAGAACUAACAAGGAUAUUGUUAGAUGAACGAGAUCAAUAUCUAGCUCGUUCCAUCUGGGAGGCUACCGGAAUGGAAGAAUAUUUAAAAGCACAAGCACUAAGGCCGAAUUCUACUUCUGAGAUACACAAUCCUUCAAAUAUUGAAGAGUCUGUUGUGCAACACCGUAAAAAUAUUGAUCAGUCUAGUGACUAUUCACUAGAUGGAAUUGCUCACAGUUCUGAACGAGAUAAUUUCCUUAAUGAUCCCUCUCCUCCGCACCUGAGUUGUUGUUCACACUGGCCACCGACCAGUAUAUUGCCAAGAGUUGUUGUCGCUGUUGUUGGGAUAGGUCAUGUAGCUGGAAUCCGCAAAGUCUGGUCAACAGUUAACACAAUUAAAAAACACGAAUUAUGCGUACUACUUGAACCUCCUCUUUCCUGGCGCAUAUUUAAGUGGUCGUUGCGAGGAGUUUUGAUUUCUUUAGUUGCUGGAGUUGUUUAUGGUGUGUGUCGGUGUUCAUAUAUGUUUGGUUCUUUUGUUUAUAAUCGACUUUUGUAA